CUCUUUGCUGUCUCAGCUACUUAGAAGAUGGGGACCUCCAACAGGAUCCCGUUGUGGAUCCUACUAGUCAUCUUGGCCCCACUGAAUGCUCAAAUACAGCAUGGAGAUUAUGCCUCAGAAGAGACUGAAACAGAAACGUAUGACUACACUGUUGAUGAGACUGUACAACAAAAGCAGCUAAUACAACAGCAGCAACAAGAACAGUCUGGAGCACCAAGAAUAUCAGUGAUCCAAGUGUCUACUAACCUUCCAGUGAAAGCUUUGAAUGUGGCUCAUAACAACAGAGUAUGCAGCACCUGGGGAAACUUCCACUUCAAGAACUUUGAUGGGGAUAUCUUUGACUUCCCGGGUACAUGCAAUUAUGUAUUUGCCUCUCAUUGCAAGAGCACCUAUGAGGACUUCAACAUCCAGAUGCGGCGGACUGUUGUAAACAAUGUCCCUGUCAUUGAGAAGAUCAGCAUGAAACUCGAUGGGCUUAUAGUACAAAUAGACAGCAAUGCAGUUUCAGUCAAUGGCAAUAGAGCCCAACUGCCCUUCAGUGGUUCUGGAAUUCAGAUAGAGAAACAUGGAGUAUACCUUACAGUGAGCUCCAAACUUGGCCUGAUCUUUAGGUGGAACGAUGAUGACAGCAUCUUGCUGGAACUGGAAUCUAAGUAUGCCAACACAACCUGCGGACUUUGCGGAGAUUUCAAUGGCAUUUCAAUCCACAAUGAGUUCAUUGCCAAUGGUAUUCAGAUGACAGCAGCUCAGUUUGGUAACCUGCAGAAGUUGGAUGGACCCACAGAACUGUGUCCUGAUGUGCCACCUACACCGAAGAGCAGCUGUGCUGACUUUGAGAAAAUCUGUGAAACUGCCCUUCUUAGUGCAUCCUUCUCAAGUUGCCAUUCCUUGGUGGCUGUAGAACAAUAUAUUGAAACUUGUGAGCAAGAUCUGUGCCAAUGUAAAGAUAUCACUCAGUGUCUGUGUAAUACCUUUGCUGAAUACUCAAGGCAGUGUGCCCAUGCUGGAGGACACCCAGAGAACUGGAGGACAAAAGACCUAUGUCCCAAAUCUUGUCCUUACAACAUGGUAUUUCGGGAAUGUGGAUCCCCUUGCCUUGAUACUUGUAGCAACCCAGAAAGAUCAGUUCUGUGUGAGAAUCACUGCAUGGAAGGCUGCUUCUGUCCUCCAGGAACUGUAUUUGAUGACAUCAACGACUCAGGCUGUGUCCCUCUUGAAACAUGCUCCUGUACUUUCAACAGUAAUGCCUAUGCUGCCGGAACAGCUUAUUCAACGUCUUGCAGUGCUUGCAUGUGCUCGGGAGGAAAAUGGUCAUGUAAGAACCUGCCAUGCCCAGCCAGUUGUUCCAUCGAAGGAGGAUCUCAUAUUACCACUUAUGAUCAAACUCAUUACAGCAUUCAUGGUGACUGCAACUAUGUCCUUUCAAAGGCUUGUGAUGGCGAGUCUUUCAUUGUACUGGCAGAGAUGCGUACAUGUGGUUUGACAGAAAGUGAAACUUGCCUCAAGAGUACAACUAUCAUUCUUAAUGGAGGAGAAACUAUUAUUGUAAUCAAGCCAUGCGGCAGUGUCUUUGUCAACAGCAUCUACACUCAGCUGCCUGUAUCUGCAGCAAAUGUCACCAUCUUCAGACCGUCCUCAUUCUACAUCAUUGUUCACACCAAUCUGGGAGUACAGAUCGUGGCUCAACUCACUCCAUUCAUGCAGGUCUAUGUUGCCCUGGACCCAGCUUAUAAGGGCCUGGCAUGUGGUCUCUGUGGGAACUUUAAUGACAAACAGUCAGAUGACUUCCAAACCAUCAGUGGUGUAAUUGAAGGCACUGCAGCAUCCUUUGCCAACACAUGGAAAACCCAGGGAACCUGUUCAAAUGUUAAAAAUGUUUAUGAAGACCCUUGUUCCCUCAGUGUGGAAAAUGCGAAUUAUGCCCAACACUGGUGUGGUCUUAUUUCUGACCCAACUGGACCAUUUGCUUCCUGCCAUGCUACUGUUAAUCCCAAUCUUUACAAACAAAACUGCAUGUUUGACACCUGCAACUGUGAAAAAAGUGAGGAGUGCAUGUGCGCCUCCCUCUCUUCCUACGUCCGAGCCUGUGCUACUAAAGGAAUCAUACUGACUGGAUGGAGAGAAAAUGUGUGCACCAAGUACAUGCACACCUGCCCCAAAUCACUGAACUACAGCUACUCCACCAGUACAUGCCAGCCAACCUGCCGUUCUCUCAGUGAACCUGAUGUCACCUGCAGCAUCAAAUUCAUACCUGUUGAUGGCUGCACCUGUUCCAAAGGAUUUUACAUUGAUGACAGUGGCAAAUGUGUCCCUGCUGCUGCCUGUCCAUGUUACUACAAGGGAUCUGCUGUGCCUUCUGGAGAAGUUGUCCAUGAUAACGGCAUUAUGUGCACUUGCGCUCAGGGAAAAUUAAGCUGUAUUGGAAGUGUUGAAACAGCCUGCAAAUCUCCAAUGGCUUACUUUGACUGCAAGAAUGCCACAGUUGGCACCAAAGGUUCAGAGUGCCAGAAAAGCUGCCAGACCUUAGAUAUGGCUUGUUACAGUGCUAAAUGUGUCUCUGGCUGUGUGUGCCCUGCUGGUCUGGUUGCAGAUGGAAAAGGAGGUUGCAUUAAAGAAGAUGACUGUCCAUGUGUUCACAAUGACGGUACUUACCAGCCAGGGGAACAAGUUAAAAUGAAAUGCAACACCUGCACUUGUAAAAAUAGGAUGUGGCAGUGUACCCAAAACCCAUGCCUGGCUACAUGUGCUGUGUAUGGAGAUGGACACUAUACUACCUUUGAUGCUAAAAGCUACAGCUUUAGUGGAGACUGCGAAUACAUACUUGCCCAGGAUCACUGUGGCCAGGCCGCAAACAGCAGCACCUUCCGUGUCAUCACUGAGAACAUCCCAUGUGGCACCACAGGAACAACAUGCUCUAAGAGUAUUAAAGUCUUCAUGGAGAACUAUGAACUUGUUCUUACUGAGGAGCACGUUGAAGUGGUGGAAAGGGGUAUUGGAGGAGUUGUGCCCUACAAGGUCCGGCACAUGGGUAUCUACCUCAUCAUUGAGGCUGACAAUGGGCUCAUCCUGAUGUGGGACAAAAAGACAAGCAUAUUUAUCAAGCUCAGCAAAGAGUUUGAGGGCAAGGUUUGCGGUUUGUGUGGUAAUUAUGAUGGAAAUGGAAACAAUGACUUUACAACAAGGAGCCAAUCUGUAGUUGGAGACAUUGCUGAGUUUGGCAAUAGCUGGAAAAUCGCUCAGUCAUGUCCAGAUGCCAAUGUACCCAAAGAUGCCUGCACUGCCAACCCAUACAGGAAAUCCUGGGCACAGAGAAAAUGUAACAUCAUCAAUAGUCUGGUUUUCUCUGCUUGCCAUGCUCAGGUUGAUCCAUCCAAGUACUAUGAUGCUUGUGUGGCUGACGCUUGUGCUUGUGACACUGGUGGGGACUGUGAGUGCUUCUGUACUGCCGUUGCUGCUUAUGCCCAGGCCUGCGGAGAAACCGGAAUCUGUGUUUCCUGGAGAACACCCAGCAUCUGCCCUCUCUUCUGUGAUUACUACAACCCUGAAGGAGAAUGUGAGUGGCACUACAAGCCCUGUGGAGCACCUUGCCUGAAGACCUGUAAGAACCCCAGUGGAAAAUGUUUACAUGAGCUUGCAGGCUUAGAAGGCUGUUAUCCUAGCUGUCCAACAGCUAAAUCAUUCUUUGAUGAAGAUGAAAUGGAAUGUGUAGCACAGUGCGGUUGCUAUGAUGAUGAAGGAAAACAUUUCAGGGUUGGGCAAACUGUACCCUCUACUGAAAACUGCCAGACAUGUGUAUGCAGCUUGUCUGGAGUGGAGUGUAAAUACCAGAAAGAAGCAUGCCAAUGUGAGUACCAGGGCAAAAUGUACCAUUACAAUGAUGUGAUUUAUAACACUACGGAUGGAAUUGGAGGCUGCAUCACUGCUAUCUGCAAAGAAAAUGGCACAAUAUACAGAGACAUUCAUGCCGGGUGUAGUACAACACCAGCUCCAUUUACCUUUACCACAACACAUCCAACUACUACUUCAGGAACAACAACAGCUCACAGCACCACAAUCUGUGUUAAAGAAGAGUGCAAAUGGUCUGAGUGGAUCGAUGCCAGUUAUCCUGAAUUUGGAAUGCAAAAUGGAGAUUUUGACACAUAUGAAAAUAUAAGAGCUAAAGGAAUCUCUAUCUGUAACCAUCCUCAAGACAUUGAAUGCAGAGCCGAAAGGUUCCCUAAUAUAGCACUUUCAGAGCUUGAGCAAAAUGUACAUUGUAAUAUAUCAUUUGGACUGAUGUGUUGGAAUAAGGAACAGCUACCACCUAUUUGCUACAACUAUGAGAUCAGAGUAAAAUGCUGUAGUUUUGUACCAUGUGUACCAACAACUCAACCUAUAACAUCUACAGAAACUCCUGCAAUCACAACACCCACUACCCCACAGCCAACAACAAAAACAACGCAUUCAGCAACAACGUCAUCUGCAACCACAGAGGUCAUUUCAACUCCAUCCACGACAACAGAGCCAACCACUUCAAUUGUACCAUCUACAACAGCCUGUCAACCCAAAUGCAGAUGGACACCAUGGCUUGAUGUCCAUAUACCAGGUGUAGGUAAAGAUGAGGGUGAUUUUGAGACAUUUCAAAACAUCGAAGCAGCAGGACAUAAAAUUUGCAAAAAACCAGAUGGCAUUCAGUGUAGAGCAGAAAAAUUCCCAGAAAAGCCAAUUGGUAGAAUUGGGCAAGUUGUUCAAUGCAAUGUUACAAUUGGUCUUGUCUGUCACAAUGAAGAGCAAGAUGGAGAUUUUGAAAUUUGCUUGAAUUACCAAAUUAAAGUGCUUUGUUGUGAUGAUUACAGACAUUGCGAACCACAAACAACAACACCAACAAUGCAGACAACAACUACUUACAAGCUGACUACACCCACUCCUUCUACAACAACUGAAACAACUACAGUGCACACAACAACAGAGACAACACCAUCUACGACUCAUGAAACGACUACAAUACCCAUAACAACAGAGACAACAACAUCUACAACUACAGAAACAACUCCAACUCCAGUUAUCACUACUACAACAACUGAACCCACUACAACACCCACAACAACAGAGACAACAACAUCUACAACUACAGAAACAACGCCAACUCCAGUUAUCACUACUACAACAACUGAACCCACUACAACACCCACAACAACAGAGACAACAACAUCUACAACUACAGAAACCACGCCAACUCCAGUUAUCACUACUACAACAACUGAACCCACUACAACACCCACAACAACAGAGACAACAUCUACAACUACAGAAACCACGCCAACUCCAGUUAUCACUACUACAACAACUGAACCCACUACAACACCCACAACAACAGAGACAACAACAUCUACAACUACAGAAACCACGCCAACUCCAGUUAUCACUACUACAACAACUGAACCCACUACAAUCCCCACAACAACAGAGACAACAACAUCUACAACUACAGAAACCACGCCAACUCCAGUUAUCACUACUACAACAACUGAACCCACUACAACACCCACAACAACAGAGACAACAACAUCUACAACUACAGAAACCACACCAACUCCAGUUAUCACUACUACAACAACAACUGAACCCACUACAACACCCACAACAACAGAGACAACAACAUCUACAACUACAGAAACCACGCCAACACCAGUUAUCACUACUACAACAACUGAACCCACUACAACACCCACAACAACAGAGACAACAACAUCUACAACUACAGAAACAACUUCUACAACUCCAAAAACUACCCCAACUACCACACCUAUACCUGUAACAACCAAAACACCAUCAAAGCCUCCAACAGCUCCCCAAGAAAAUUGUCAGCCACAGUGUAAUUGGACAACUUGGAUUGAUGUUGACACUCCAACUUCUGGAUUAGAUGGAGGAGACAAGGAAACAUUUGAAAACAUAAUGGCCAAAGGCAAACACAUCUGCAAAUAUCCACAAAAUAUUGAGUGCAGAGCAGCAGAUUACCCUGGUAUCAGCAUUGGAAAUGUGGGGCAGAUUGUUAAAUGUGAUAUUACGGUUGGCUUGGUUUGUAAUAACAAAGACCAAAUUGGAAAUGUAAAUCAGUGCUACAACUACCAGAUAAAAGUUUUGUGCUGUGAUGAUUAUAGUCAUUGUAGCACUACCCCUGUGCCAGCAACAACAACUACAUCAACUCCCACUACUACCAAAGUAAUUGCAACUACUACAACACCAACAACAACUGAAUCUACAGCCACUACCACUGUAACCACAACCACAGAAUCAACUACCACUCCAAAACCGACAACAGAAUCUACAACUAUUACCACUGUAAGCACAACCACACAAUCGACUACUACUUCAAAACCAACAACUGUAACCACAACCCCAGAAUCAACUAUUACUCCAGUACAGACAACAACAGAAACUACACCUAUUACCACUUUAACUACAACCACACCUACUACUCCAAAACCAACAACAACUACCCCUACAGGGUGUCAGCCACAAUGUAAGUGGACACCAUGGAUUGAUGUUAAUACUCCAAGUUCUGGCUUAGAUGGAGGAGACAAAGAGACAUAUGAGAAUAUAAUGGCUAAAGGCAAAACAAUAUGUAAACACCCACAAAAUAUUGAGUGCAGAGCUGAGGAGUUCCCUGGUAUCAGCAUUGAAGAUGUGGGGCAGAUUGUUAAAUGUGAUGUCACCAUUGGCUUGGUUUGUAAUAACAAAGACCAAAUUGGAAAAGUUAAGAAGUGCUACAACUACCAGAUAAAAGUGUUGUGCUGUGAUGAUUAUAGACAUUGUAGCACUACCCCCGUGCCAACAACAACUACAUCAACUCCAACUACAUCAACUACUAUCACUGUAACCACGACUACAGAAUCAACUACUACUCCAAUACCAACAACGGAAUCUACACCUAUUACAACUGUAACGACAACCACAGAAUCAACUACUACUCCAAAAACAACAACAGAAUCUAAACCCACCACUACUCUAACCACAACAACAGAAUCAGCCACUACUCCAGAACAAACAACAACAUCUACAACUGUAACCACAACCACAGAACCAACUACUACUCCAGUACCAACAACAACAACAGAAACGACACCUAUUACCACUGUAACUACAACCACACCUACUACUCCAAAACCAAGAACAACUACCCCUGUGCCAACAACAACAACUACAUCAACUCCCACUACAUCAACUACUACCAUUCCAACCACAACCACAGAAUCAACUACUACUCCAAAACCAACAACAACAUCUACAACUGUAACCACAGAACCAACUACUACUCCAGUACCAACAACAACAGAAACUACACCUAUUACCACUCUAACUACAACCACACCUACUACUCCAAAACCAAGAACAACUACCCCUACAGGGUGUCAGCCACAAUGUAAGUGGACACCAUGGAUUGAUGUUAAUACUCCAAGUUCUGGCUUAGAUGGAGGCGACAAAGAGACAUAUGAGAAUAUAAUAGCUAAAGGCAAACAAAUUUGUAAACACCCACAAAAUAUUGAGUGCAGAGCUGAGGAGUUCCCUGGUAUCAGCAUUGAAAACGUGGGGCAGAUUGUUAAAUGUGAUGUCACUGUCGGCUUGGUUUGUAAUAACAAAGACCAAAUUGGCAAAGUUAAAGAGUGCUACAAUUACCAGAUAAAAGUUUUGUGCUGUGAUGACUAUAGUCAUUGUAGCACUACCCCUGUGCCAACAACAACAACUACAUCAACUCCCACUACGUCAACUACUACCAUUCUAACCACAACCACAGAAACAACUACUACUCCAAAACCAACAACAACAUCUACAACUGUAACCACAACCACAGAACCAACUACUACUCCAGUACCAACAACAACAUCUACAACUGUAACCACAACCACAGAACCAACUACUACUCCAGUACCAACAACAACAGAAACUACACCUAGUACCACUGUAACUACAACCACAAAUACUACUCCAAAACCAAGAACAACUACCCCUACAUGGUGUCAGCCACAAUGUAAGUGGACACCAUGGAUUGAUGUUAAUACUCCAAGUUCUGGCUUAGAUGGAGGCGACAAAGAGACAUAUGAGAAUAUAAUAGCUAAAGGCAAACAAAUUUGUAAACACCCACAAAAUAUUGAGUGCAGAGCUGAGGAGUUCCCUGGUAUCAGCAUUGAAAAUGUGGGGCAGAUCGUUAAAUGUGAUGUCACUGUCGGCUUGGUUUGUAAUAACAAAGACCAAAUUGGCAAAGUUAAAGAGUGCUACAACUACCAGAUAAAAGUUUUGUGCUGUGAUGACUAUAGUCAUUGUAGCACUACCCCUGUGCCAACAACAACAACUACAUCAACUCCCACUACGUCAACUACUACCAUUCCAACCACAGCCACAGAAACAACUACUACUCCAAAACCAACAACAACAACAUCUACAACUGUAACCACAACCACAGAACCAACUACUACUCCAGUACCAACAACAACAUCUACAACUGUAACCACAACCACAGAACUAACUACUACUCCAGUACCAACAACAACAGAAACGACACCUAUUACCACUGUAACUACAACCACAAGUACUACUCCAAAACUAACAACAACUACCCCUACAGGGUGUCAGCCACAAUGUAAGUGGACACCAUGGAUUGAUGUUAAUACUCCAAGUUCUGGCUUAGAUGGAGGUGACAAAGAGACAUAUGAGAAUAUAAUAGCUAAAGGCAAACAAAUUUGUAAACACCCACAAAAUAUUGAGUGCAGAGCUGAGGAGUUCCCUGGUAUCAGCAUUGAAAAUGUGGGGCAGAUCGUUAAAUGUGAUGUCACUGUCGGCUUGGUUUGUAAUAACAUAGACCAAAUUGGCAAAGUUAAAGAGUGCUACAACUACCAAAUAAAAGUUUUGUGCUGUGAUGACUAUAGUCAUUGUAGCACUACCCCUGUGCCAACAACAACAACUACAUCAACUUCCACUACGUCAACUACUACCAUUCCAACCACAACCACAGAAACAACUACUACCCCAAAACCAACAACAACAUCUACAACUGUAACCACAACCACAGAACCAACUACUACUCCAGUACCAACAACAACAUCUACAACUGUAACCACAACCACAGAACCAACUACUACUCCAGUACCAACAACAACUGAAACUACACCUAGUACCACUGUAGCUACAACCACAAAUACUACUCCAAAACCAAGAACAACUACCCCUACAGGGUGUCAGCCACAAUGUAAGUGGACACCAUGGAUUGAUGUUAAUACUCCAAGUUCUGGCUUAGAUGGAGGCGACAAAGAGACAUAUGAGAAUAUAAUAGCUAAAGGCAAACAAAUUUGUAAACACCCACAAAAUAUUGAGUGCAAAGCUGAGGAGUUCCCUGGUAUCAGCAUUGAAAAUGUGGGGCAGAUCGUUAAAUGUGAUGUCACUGUCGGCUUGGUUUGUAAUAACAAAGACCAAAUUGGCAAAGUUAAAGAGUGCUACAACUACCAGAUAAAAGUUUUGUGCUGUGAUGACUAUAGUCAUUGUAGCACUACCCCUGUGCCAACAACAACAACUACAUCAACUUCCAUUACGUCAACUACUACCAUUCCAACCACAACCACAGAAACAACUACUACCCCAAAACCAACAACAACAUCUACAACUGUAACCACAACCACAGAACCAACUACUACUCCAGUACCAACAACAACAUCUACAACUGUAACCACAACCACAGAACCAACUACUACUCCAGUACCAACAACAGAAACUACACCUAUUACCACUGUAACUACAACCACAACUACUACUCCAAAACCAACAACAACUACCCCUACAGGGUGUCAGCCACAGUGUAAGUGGACACCAUGGAUUGAUGUUAAUACUCCAAGUUCUGGCUUAGAUGGAGGCGACAAAGAGACAUAUGAGAACAUAAUAGCUAAAGGCAAACAAAUUUGUAAACACCCACAAAAUAUUGAGUGCAGAGCUGAGGAGUUCCCUGGUAUCAGCAUUGAAGAUGUGGGGCAGAUCGUUAAAUGUGAUGUCACUGUCGGCUUGGUUUGUAAUAACAAAGACCAAGUUGGAAAAGUUAAAGAGUGCUACAACUACCAGAUAAAAGUUUUGUGCUGUGAUGAUUAUAGUCAUUGUAGCACUACCCCUGUGCCAACAACAACAACUACACCAAUGCCCACUACCAAAGUAACUACUACAAAACCAACAACAACAACAGAAUCUACAACCAUUACCACUGUAACCACAGAAUCUACUACAACAAGUAUUCCUACGACUACAGAACCAACUAAAACAACAACUCAAACAACACCGAAGACCACAAGACCUGCAAUAACCACCCAAAAACCAACAACUCAUAAGCGCUGCUUCUGUCGCGUAGGUGACAAAUUCUACUUACCAGGAGAAAUUAUCUAUAACAAGACUGAUGAAGCUGGGUGCUCUUUCUAUGCCUUUUGCAAUGACUUCUGUGAGGCUGAGAGAUUUACAGGACCUUGUACAACGACAACUACUCCCACAACAACCACAACAGAGUCUACAAUCUCACCAACAACCCAUAAGCGUACAACAUGUAAAAAGACUACUACUCCUACAACUACUGUAACCACAGUUGUCCAUACUACAUCAGUAGAAGGCUGUCCACCAAGAAAGACCAAUGAGACAUGGAUAAAUGACCAUUGUGAAGAGGUCACAUGCCAUGGAAACAACAUCACUACCCACAAGCCGGUGACCUGCCCUGAAGUCAAGGAGAUAACUUGUACUAAUGGCUUCCCACCAAUUAAGAAAAAGAGUGCGGAUGGUUGCUGUUACCACUACGAAUGCCAGUGUGUCUGCAGUGGAUGGGGUGACCCACAUUACAUAACCUUUGAUGGAACCUACUACACCUUCCUGGACAACUGCACAUAUGUCCUUGUUCAGCAGAUCACUCCCAAGUAUGACAAUUUCCGCAUCCUUGUUGACAACUAUUUCUGCGAUGCUGACGAUGGCUUGUCCUGCCCACAGUCUAUCUUGAUCUACUAUAAAUCCAAUGAGAUUGUUUUAACACGUAUGGUUUAUGAAGGAAGGAUGAAAAACAGGAUUAGGUUCAACAAUAACUGGAUCGCUCCUGGUUUCACAAAAGAUGGCAUUGCCAUCACCUCUGCUGGUAUCAAUAUGAAUGUGGAAAUCGCAGAAAUAGAUGCCUUCAUCUCAUUCAGUGGAAUGAUCUUUGUCAUUAACCUGCCAUUUAGUAAAUUUGCUUACAACACAGAAGGACAAUGCGGCACUUGCUCCAACAACAGCACUGAAGACUGUCGAAUGCCAAAUGGCAAGAUUGUAAAAGAUUGUUCUGCCAUGGCUCCUCACUGGAGGGUCAAUACCACAGCACCUGGCUGCAGUAAACCACCUCCUAUAACACCACCACUUCCUCCAACUCCACCACCAACUUGUAAACCUUCAAAGUUAUGUGAUGUCAUCUUAAGCGAUAUCUUCGCUGAGUGCCACAAGAUUAUACCACCCAAGCCUUACCAUGAAGGUUGCGUCUAUGAUGUCUGCCGGAUUAGCAACGAUACAGUGCAUUGUUCCAGUUUGGAGAUUUAUGCUUCCAUGUGCAGUGCCAAUGGAAUCUGUGUAGAUUGGAGAGGAAAAACUGGAGGCCAUUGCCCAUACAACUGUCCUGCUGGAAAAGUAUAUAAUGCUUGUGGACCAAUACAUGCUAAGACCUGUGAGAACAAAAAAAUGGAAAAUGUUGCUACCGGUACAACUGAAGGCUGCUUCUGCCCAGAUGGAACAACCCUUUUCAACUCCUACUCUGAUACUUGUGUCAAGAGCUGUGCUUGUGUUGGUCCUGAUGGAAUGCCCAAAGCUCCUGCAGAGACCUGGACCAGUGGCUGCAAGAAGUGUGUCUGUGAAGCCAAUUCCCUCACUGUUCAGUGUGAGCCACUGUCUUGCCCCAAACUAACACCCAUUACCUGUGAAAAGGAAGGUGUCAUCCCUGUGACUCGGACAAACCCAAAAGAACCAUGCUGCAUGGAGAAUGUAUGCGAAUGUAACAGUACCUACUGUUUGCACAAGGAAAAGAAGUGUGAAACUGGAUUUGAAGCUAUUCCUGUACUUCUAGAGGGUGACUGCUGUCCAAAAUAUGAGUGCAUUGUAAUGCCAGUCUGUGUUUAUCAUGAUGAAAUUUAUAAGCCUGGACAUCCAAUCCCUCAAGCUAAAGAUUCAUGUCAUGAAUGUGAAUGCUCAUAUGAAAUAGAUGCCGUGACCUUACUGCAUUUGGUGAAUUGCACACCCAUUGCUUGCAAGAAGGAAUGUGACAAGGGCUUCCAGUACAUGGAUGUACAGGGUCAAUGCUGUGGUCACUGUGUACAGGUUGAAUGUAUAAUGAAGAUGAAAAAUGAUGAAAUUAUGACUAUUCCGCCUGGUGAGAUCUGGUCCCCCUCUGCUGACAACUGUACUUACCAUCAAUGUGUCCAGAAUGGAGAGCAUUUUGACAUUCACAUCACAAGCAAGGAAUGUGCUGUCCCCAGUGAGAAAGAUUGUCCACUGGGCUACAAUUAUGAAAAGGAUGAAGGGGAAUGCUGUGGCAAAUGUAUACAGGUGGCUUGCGUAAUGAAAAUGAAGGACGGUACUACACAGGUUCUGCAGCCUGGUGAAACAUGGAGUCCAUCCAAUGAACCAUGUACCAAAUAUAAGUGCGAAAUUACUGAGGGCCAGUACAUUCCUACGGAAAUCCCAACAUCUUGUCCAAGUGAGGAGUGUCCAUUGGGAACCAAGUAUGAGAAGGCGGAAGGAGAAUGCUGUGGCAAAUGUAUACAUGUGGCUUGCGUAAUAAGACUGAAGGAUAAUACUACAAAGAUUUUGCAGCCUGGUGAUACAUGGACCCCACCUGAUCAACCAUGUGUAAAAUACGAGUGUGAAAUUAUCGAUGACCAGUUCAACCCAACAGAAAUCAGAAGAGCUUGUCCAAUUGAAGACUGUCCACAGGGCUACAAAUAUGAGAAUAUUGAAGGGCAAUGCUGUGGUAAAUGUGUACAGGUUUCUUGUGUUAUGAAACUGAAGGACAACACUACAAAGAUUUUGCAGCCUGGUGAAACAUGGAGCUCACCUGAUCAACCAUGUGUCAAAUAUGAGUGUGAAAUUAUCGACGAUCAGUUCAACCCAACAGAAAUCAGAAGAGCUUGUCCAAUUGAAGACUGUCCACUGGGAACCAAGUAUGAGAAGGCCGAAGGAGAAUGCUGUGGCAAAUGUAUACAAGUGGCUUGUGUAAUAAGACUGAAGGAUAAUACUACAAAGAUUUUGCAGCCUGGUGAUACAUGGACCCCACCUGAUCAACCAUGUGCAACAUAUGAGUGUGAAAUUAUCGAUGACCAGUUCAACCCAACAGAAAUCAGAAGAGCUUGUCCAAUUGAAGACUGUCCACAGGGCUACAAAUAUGAGAAUGUUGAAGGGCAAUGCUGUGGUAAAUGUGUACAGGUUUCUUGUGUUAUGAAACUGAAGGACAACACUACAAAGAUUUUGCAGCCUGGUGAAACAUGGAGCUCACCUGAUCAACCAUGUGUCAAAUAUGAGUGUGAAAUUAUUGACGAUCAGUUCAACCCAACAGAAAUCAGAAGAGCUUGUCCAAUUGAAGACUGUCCACUGGGCUACAAAUAUGAGACAACACCAGAAAAGUGCUGUGGAACGUGUGUAAAAGUUGGAUGUGUUAUGACAUUGUCGGACAACUCUACACAAAUCCUGAAGCCUGGAGAGGUGUACGUGUCACCUGAAGACAAAUGUGUCUCACAUGAAUGUACCAGCUCUCUUGAUAUGAAAGAAGUGACCAAAACAUGCCCAGCUUUCAAUCCUAAAGACUGUUUGGAGGGUACAAUCAGGAGCACAGAAGAUGGUUGCUGCAAGACUUGUGAAAGCGCCCUAAAAGGAUGCCAGGUUCAUAAACAAUCUCGUCAAAUCAAGUCUGGAACUUGUGUAUCAGAUGAAGUUGUGGAGCUUUCAAACUGUGGUGGAGGCUGUAUGACAUCAUCCAUGUACUCGAUUGACGCUAACAAAAUGGAACACAAGUGCAGCUGUUGUCAAGAAGUAAAAACAAGCAAGAGGGAAGUGAAUCUGAAAUGUCUGGAUAAAACAAGUACUGUCUACACCUACAUCUACGCUGAAGAGUGUGGUUGUAAAACCACAGAAUGUGAUAAAGACAUACCACAGCAAGAACAGCAACAAGUCAAUCAGGAACAACAGCAGCAAAAAAUCAACUGAACAAUGACCUGACUACAGAUACACAUAUACCGAUGAAAGAGAACUUUUAAAAUAUGAACUAUAACCAAAUAUUAACCAACAUCUACAUACUCUGGAGAUUACCCUCUACCACUGGGCCCCGCUUUGCUUUCUCACUGCCAACAUCUCUUCAAUGAAGUCUCCAACUGCCCUUCAAUUUUAGAUAUGGCAUAGGACUUCUAACUAUUGCUGGGUUGUUCUUUAAACAAGCUUUACUUUCAUAUAAAUUGUGCUUCCUAGCAUCACUUCCUAUCAUAAACUAUGACACAGCAAGUAUCCUUUAAUCCUUGCAUUACAGAGUCUGUGGUAUAUUAUUAUUUUAGUGUCUAUUUUCCCAUUAUAAAAAGUUGUUGAACAACUCUUCUAUAGAGAGAUUUUAUUUUUAUUAUUAUUAUUUUAAUAACUUAAAGCAAAUGUAGAGAAUAAUAUUUAGAUUGGUAGAUUUAGCAUACAAGGCAUUUUAUAUAUGUUGUGUAGUUAAAUUGCUAAAGCCCUGAUAAACAGUUAGGUAAUACAACCUCAGGUCCGUGUUUGCAUUUCAUUGAAUGAAGGCAAUUAUACUGUCACUUUUAGAAAAUGUGAUUCUGUUUACAAACUAAAUACAUUUAGAUAAAUCUAUUUAGCUAAACUGUAUUUCACUAAUGGGUGAGCAUAAAGAUUGUACUUUUUAUUUUUGUUUAAAUUUGCAUACCGAAGCUUUUAGUUUCUAAGGAUGGGAACUUUGCUGUAUUUAUUUCUUUGAGUGGAAAAUUGUGAUAGGUGUCUAUAGUCUUUCUUGUGGGUCAUUGGAUCUAGAGGAUAAUGUUUUCAUCUCCGGAGUAUAGAAUUUGAUUUAAAUAAAACAAUAUUUAAGCAUGUUA